CGCUCCGGGUUUUAGUCCGAUCGCAUUCACCGACUAUUGAGAACGAGGCGAAACCCGGUCAGGGCCAUGAAAAGAACAUUCCUUCUUUUAAUAGCCAUUCCUGAUAAUUUUUCCUACGUACCGAUAACUCCGCAAGGUCAGAUAGACUUGGCUUCGGAUCAAUGCCAGGCUUUGCGUAUAUAUAUACACCCGGUGUUCCUCUGAGCAUGCCUAAACCGCUUUCCGCUCACCAUGUUCACGCUCCUCUUUGUGGCUCUGUUUGCGGGCUAUGCCCACGGCUGCGGCAAACCGGCCUAUUUGCCCAACGUCUCCCGGGUCGUCGGAGGCGAAGACGCGAAGCCCCAUAGCUGGCCUUGGCAGGUCUCCCUCCAGUAUGACAAGAACGGGGUCUGGGCCCAUACCUGCGGCGGGACCCUCAUCGAGUCCAACUGGGUGUUGACGGCCGCCCACUGCAUCAGCUCCAGCCGGACGUACCGGGUCCUUUUGGGGAAGCAGAACUUGGCGGAGGAAGAGGCCGGGGCGGUGGCCGUGCCCGUGGAGAAGGCCAUCGUCCACGAGAAGUGGAACUCCUUCUUGGUCCGGAACGACAUUGCGCUGCUGAAGCUGGCGGAACCCGUCUCGUUCAGCGACACCAUCCAGCCUUCUUGCCUCCCGGCGGAGGGAUCCCUGCUGUCCCAGGACUACCCCUGCUACGUCACCGGGUGGGGCCGCCUCUGGACCAACGGCCCGAUAGCGGACAACUUGCAGCAAGGGCUCCUCCCGGUGGUGGACCACGAGACCUGCACCCAGCGGGACUGGUGGGGCUCCAUGGUCAAGGACACCAUGGUCUGCGCCGGAGGCGGGGAGAUCUCCGGGUGCAACGGUGAUUCCGGUGGGCCCCUGAACUGUGCAAGCGGCGACACGUGGGAGGUCCACGGCAUCGUCAGCUUCGGGUCGGGACUGGGCUGCAACACCGCCAAGAAGCCCACCGUCUUCACACGCGUGUCGGCCUACAUCCCCUGGAUCACGGAGAAAAUCAACUCGAACUGAAGAUUUUGAAUCCGUCCCGAGAAAAGCUAAAUAAUAAAGACUUCUUUGCAAUU